UAUAUCUAUUAAUUUUUAUCGAUUAAAGAAGUAUCGUUACUGUUGUUAGUCAUAGGAUACAUGAUUAUUUUUCAAUACUCAGUACACUUACUCACUACCAUUCACACGUAAAGAUAUGCAGUAUGUACUUAUUAUGUAGCGUGUACGUACAUAUACCACAGGUAAUCCUACUCUCUACGUGUACGUAGUACGUACUUGAUAAUAUACAAGUGUGUGUGUGAAGAUUUGUAUAUAUAUGGUUAUGGUACCAGUCUACAAGACUACAAGUGCCGUGCGUGCAAUAGUACUACAUUUAACAAUGAACGGCUGAACGAAGGACGAGACGACGUCGACUCGACGAGGUUGUAUACCUAUAUAUAUAUAUAUUCAAGUAGCAGCCGGAAAAGAAUUGAGCAUACUCGAGCAUAAUAUACCCUUGUACACAGGUAUAAUGAAUUAAAUGAUAAUUAGUUUACAAAAAAAUAUCAGCAGCAGUACCCUAAAUCCUUGGUACUAUACAUAUACAAUCGCCCAUCGGGGAAGAUAAAGAAAAAGACACGUAUAGCCGUAAGAGAGAGGAGAAGAGAGCGCGAGACGCGAGAGAGAGGAAAGGAAGAUACGACAGCAGUUAUAUAGAACGCGGACGUACUCUUGUGAGUCUUGCGGUGUGCAUGGUGAGAAGAAAGAGAGAGGAGAGAGGAAUAUUAUACUGUGGAACAAGACACGCGCGUGUAUAAAAAAGAGCCUCUAUCAUAUGUGUACUACUAUAUAUACGAGAGGCCGAGAGGGGUGUCCUCCUCCCCGUCCCCUAACACGACCCGACCCGGACUCUUGUGAGUGUGCAAUGUGUAAACGACGUGAGUACGAGUACGACGAUCGUAUGCAGUCAUCGUGGUGGUGGAGUACGUAGUAUACGUACUACGUAUGGGUAGCGCGACGCGAGGAGCGUAGGCAAGAAAGAAAUAGUAAGCCAGCCAGAGAGCAGCAGAGCGCAUCAGAGAACGGCGGCGUCAGCAGCGGACGCACGGUCUGCCGGACCUCUUUCUCUCUCUCGUAGUCUCGUACACACGGUUUCUCUCUGCUGCAGCUCUAUACCCCGCGGAUGAGAUAGUACCAGCAUCCCUUCGCGCUCGUCGUCGUAGAGUCGUCGUAAUCAUCAUCGGCGCCUUCUUUGCCAUAGUGUGCACACAGAGUGCUAGCUGCUGCCUCUGAUAGAUUUUGGAGCAGCGCAAACAUCCUCGUCGCCGUAUACCUGGUGUCUCGCCUAGCUGGUCGAUCAAGACCUAGACGUGCACUUUGAGGGUAAAGCUGACACUGCAGGUAUAAGAUGUCGGCCUCAUCGCAGCGGAUUGAGCGGAUGCGCAAGUCCUCGCCAUGCUCAACGGGCAAGCAGGGCCCGAUGCGGGCCACUCUGCCCGUCAGCUCAUUGCUCCGGCAAAGCAGGCAACAACCGCCCGGCAGUAGCGGCGCCGGAACCACCAAUGCCGGUCCCGGGGGGCCCCGCAAGAGCAACAGCAGCAGCCCCAACGUCUCGCCGACCAAUAGCGCUAACGCGGCCACGAGCACGGGCACCGGGACCCCCACCGGCGUUGUGAGCCUCGUCGUCGUUGGGCCCAAUGGUGCCACAAGUUCUGCCAGUGCUGGUGGUGCUGGUUCAGGAAGCGCUGCCGGAUCUGCUGGCGCGACGAACGUUGCGUCGUCCAGCUGCUCUGGUGGCUGGAGGGCCCGAAUCUCGCCGGAGGCAGCUGCUUCCGGACAACGGAGUCCCGGUUCCCUUUCUUGCAAGGGCUACUUUGCCAAGUCCAAGACCCUCAGUGCCCGUUGCUCCGACAGUCUUGGCGCCGGUCAGAGCAUCCGCAGGACCGCAUCUCUUGACACGAUCUACCUCAAGGGCCAGUGGCCCCGCGACUCUCAUUCUCAUUACAUGCAUCACACCAGUCUACUCGUCGACAAGGCUACUCAGACUGAUGACUGGUCCAAUGAGCUCAAAAAGCCCCACAGCCGUCAUGCAACAGAACAAAGCAUUCCAGAUGAAAAACUGGAAAAGUACUUUAGGCAUCGGUUACAACAACGAACAAAUAAGGAAAGCAAUAGCAGUAGAGAGAGAACAGCUGCAUUUGGUCUUAUUAUGCCUGGUGGUCCACCACCAGCUCUACCUGGAGAUCACUCUGUUCUUUUGCCUAGUAUUGCUUCACAAACGUCUGCCUUCAAUCAAUUUAACUUAGGUACAAAGGCAAGUCCUAUGAAUAUACCUGUAAAACCUAUGAGGCCUCCUAUGCGUUCUUCGAUUGAAGGAUUGAACCAAGAAAUCGAAGGUCUAGUGCUUAAAUCCUCUAACAAUUUUAAUGAUCCAGAUCACCUAAUUGAGGAUAAGUAUGCAAGAUAUCGUGACCAGAUGACACCUGAAGGUCAUCGUGCUCCUCUGGCUGAUUUAUUCAGAGCCAAUCGCAGUGUCAAUAGUGUCAAUACUCAGACGCCUGCCACUGAUCUUCCUUCGAGUUCUUAUUCCUCAGGCCCUCCAUCUAGGAAUUCAGAAUCUCCGUUAAUACCAGGUUCAAUGGAAUUGUCGCGUCCAUCUAGUGACCUGCUACAAGGUGGAAGUCGUGGCUCCACGCCAGAGCAGGAACGAGAAGGACGCUUGGGUACUUCUCCUCACAUCAACAGGUUUCUCGCUAGAGAACCACCAGAUGGCUGUGAAAAAGUCAAUACUAAGUUUGUUGAAGAAGUUAGGCGGCCGAUGGCGGAUUUGAGUAAACUUGACUAUUGCUCGAAGCCUUGCGUUGCAUUCCAAUUAAAGCCAAGCCUAGGGUCGGCGUUCCUUCCAUUGCAGCAGGUCAGUCCAACCAUGGUUACUACUAGUACGUCGCCUUCGUCACACACAGCGCCAACAACUCCACCUCCAAAUCCAUAGUCCUUGGCUAUAUUUUUCAGUGGGAAACGCGUUAAUCUAACUGGUAUAAAUAUGACUUACAUAUAUAUGAAUACAUAUAUUUUUAUUUAAUUAACAUUGCGGCUAGGAAGUCAGCAUCUUUUACAAAACAGAAAUCAAUGCACAUACUUUCUAACCUACAUAAACUAUUUAGAAAGGAAGCGUAUAGUUACCCAUGAAAAAGUAAGCUGAUACCCAGUGUGGCUCAAAAGGUCUGAUUUUGGGCCAAAUAAUUGUGUUGCUAUGAAUUUCGAAUUGCAUCAACACUCAGACAAAAAU